UCCAAGGAGCCCUCAGACAAACACAAGCAGCCGUGAGGUGUUAGACUUUCUCCUGAUAUCCACAGCCGCAAGAACACCCUUGAAACCAGAGCAGCACGUCUUCGAGGGCACCAUUAUCAGCUUAGCCUCUCCUCAUCUGGGGAUUUUCAGGAGGAACAAAACCAGUGACUAAAGGAGAAGCUUUGACUGGAGGAAGCACUUGGACUUCAAAAAAAGUGAAUAAAACAGUUUUGGGACAAGAUGGCACUUCGGCAGAACUCAGAAAAGGAGCCAAGUAUCGAACUGUUCAUUAAGGCUGGACAUGAUGGCGAGAACGUGGGGAACUGCCCCUUCUGCCAGAGGCUCUUCAUGGUGCUGUGGCUGAAAGGAGUCAAGUUCACAGUGACCACUGUUGAUAUGAGGAAGAAGCCAGCGGAGCUCAAGGACCUGGCCCCUGGGACCAACCCUCCUUUCCUCCUCUACAACGGCACCCUGAAAACAGACUUCAUCAAAAUCGAGGAGUUUCUUGAACAAACACUGGCCCCUCCCAGGUAUCCUCAUCUCAGCCCGCUGAACAAAGAGUCCUUUGACGUGGGUGCUGACAUUUUUGCAAAAUUCUCUGCUUUCAUCAAGAACAGCCCAAACAACACCUUCCAACUGAAAAACCUGCUGCGGGAAUUUAAACGUCUGGACAUCUACCUGAACUCGCCCCUUCCCGAGGAGAUCGACCACAACUCGGCGGAAACCAUCACCGUGUCCAAGAGGAAGUUUCUGGACGGCGACCGCCUCACCUUAGCCGACUGCAACCUGCUGCCCAAACUGCACGUUAUCAGGGUUGCUUCCAAGAAAUACUGCGACUUUGACAUUCCCGCCGAAUUCACCGGCGUGUGGAGAUACCUUCAAAACGCCUACGAGAGAGAGGAGUUCAAACAGACGUGUCCGGCCGACAUUGAAAUCGAGAAGGCUUACUUCAGCGUGGCCAAGAAUAGAAAUUAAACUUUUCAUUCUGUGGUGUUAAUGUCCUGUUUUUACUGUUAGUGUAACCGUGCAUGUAGAGAUGGUGAUCUAUGGAGGGCGCUGCAACCUAUAAGAACAAACUACAGCAGUGAGUCAGACACUAUUCAACUGUAAAGGUGGAAAACGCGAUUCUAAUGUAAUACCUUUUUUUUGUCAAAUUCAUUGAAUAUCUGUCCAUGUUGUGUGUGUGCUGAAAGAAAUCUAGUGUUCGUGCACAGCCCUGGCUCUGUAGAUUUCUCCAAAAUCGCAGACUCCACCUUUAAAGCUCAUGAGCUGGUGUUGCAGCAGAACUCGGGAAAGUGAAAUGUUUUAUUGGUUGUAUGUACUGACUGUUUAUCCAGAGUCACUCACAGACAACAAAAGGCCAAAUGUGCAAUUAACUGUUGAUGAUUAUUUAGCAGAGUUGUUGUUUAUAGUGUAAAUAAAGAUAUUUUUCUCUUCUUUUUACAAUCUAAACACCUGCAUUGAAGCAUAUAUGAUUGUAUCAGUGGUAGCAGCAGCUGCAGAAACAGUUCAUUUUUAUGCAGAGUACACGCCUGUAUUUUACCCUGUAUAAAUACAGUGUGAUAGGUUGGAAUUUUCUCAAUUUCACACUAAUAAAAAAUAUCUCACUGUUGA